AUGACAUUUUUUUAGGCGGCUGCUGAUAGUUCAAGCAUGAGACGGCAAUGUCCACAAAAGAUGGUUGACGGCGGUGUUACAUACAAUCCUGAUAACCGACUUCUAAAAACUACUGAAUAGUUUAUGAUUUAGAAUGGAAGUCUCAUAGUAAUCACAUUAGAUUUAUUAUUAUUUUCCUGUGGUUAGAUCAUCCACCGAGACCUCGCAGCCCGUAAUGUGAUGGUCGGGGAGAACGAAACAUGUAAAUUAACAGAUUUUGGAAUGGCCAGGGAGGUGCAGCAAGAAAAUGUUUAUGAAAAGAAGACAAAGGGUCGUCUUCCAGUAAAGUGGAAAGCUUACGAGGCGUUGUUGUAUGGCACAUAUACCACCAAAAGUGAUGUGUGGUUCCCCGUAUCCACGGAUGGAUGGCAAGAAAAUUGCGAAACUACUUCAGCAGGACUACAGAAUGCCUAAACCACAACAUGUGGAUGAUGAGUUGUACCAGAUCAUGAUGAUAUGCCGGCAAAAUGACCCGGAUGUUCGACCAGCAUUCACUGAGUUAAGAAACCAGCUUAAGGACAUGGAGGCGAAACACAAGAGGCUGAUUAACAUGAAGAUGUACGACAAGCAGUUGUACGCAAACGUUGAGGACUUAAACGUAUAGUCAUCAAUCUCUCGUAUACUGUCUCACGCGGUUUUUGCAAUAAACCUGCAGUUUCUUACUCGUUAUUGGACUGAAAUUAAAAGUUGUUUGAUUAAAAAAAAAAAUUAGAUUCAAGAGCCACA